CGAGCAAUACAAUCCCUCACUCAAUCCUUCAUCGAUGAACGACGACUAUCCAUGUCAUGAGCAAGCUUUAUGCAUGUUACUUGAUGCUUUCAAGCGCAGCGCGUUCUCCCCAAGAUUACGAACAUGACCCGCUUCCUUACGCCAGCCAAAAUCGGCGUACUGGCUCUGAUUGAACUCUACACAGAUGCCAUUGUGCCCACCUCGUCUACCCUCCCAGUUCUCUCGUUCAUCCUUAAUCAAUUGAUACCAGCAACGGCUAAAUCCUACCCAAGAGAAGCAGACUCAGCCCAGUCACUGCCUUUCAUACUGGACAUCAAAUCCUUCGAAGUCCUCCUUGCAGCCCAUCCUGCAGCUUCUGGCUUACCAGGUCGCUCGUUAUGGGACCAUUUCCUCAAGAAGCUAUGGGAAAUCGACAGCCUCGAUUCUUUGCAUACGUUCUUCACACAACGAACAAAUCUUCUGGCCAAAACUCGCGAGGACGUUAAGAAGGAUGGCGACUUGGGAAUACCACCCCCCUCGGAAAAUAUGAUCCUGCUGUCCCGCACAUCCCCAUUUGGAAGCUUCGUACGUCGGUCAAAGGUGGAAUUUGAGCGUUUGAGAUUCAGUGACGCCCUGGCUCUCUGGACCGCGUUUACCAGAUGGCGUGAACAAUCGAGGACAUACUGGACAAGGAGAAAUGGCGGACUUGGAAGAUGGGCUGGCGACAGGGCGCUGGGAGAAGGCGAGGAAGAAUGGGGAACAGAUGCUACCGAAAUGCUAGAACUUGUGGCGUAUGGUGGGGUGAGCCUAGAGGACGAGAUGGACGGCAGUGUAAGCACUGAUGAUCUGGAAAAGCUGCUGGAAUUCCAGGUCGAACAAAUGCAGAAGCUGGGGAACAGAGUACCACCUGAGGUCAGAGAUAAAAUCCAAAGUAUCUUUGGGGAAAGCAUCAUGAUACCGAGCUUGUCCCAUUAUUUGAACUUUCUCGAUGCCUGGCGCUCUGGCGACUACCCAACCUCGUUCGACAAUUUGCAUCGGUAUUUCGACUACACCAUGCAGAAUCGAGAUCGGCUAUUCUACCAGUAUGCUCUUAUGAACUUGGCUGUUCUGCAGGCCGACUUUGGUUGCUUCGAUGAGGCAUUGGCAGCGAUGCUCGAGACUGUGUCUACUGCACGAGAGAAUAAAGACAUGGCAUGUCUGAACUUUGCGUUGAAUUGGUUGUACCACUUUGGCAAGGCACAUCCUGAUACCAUCAGAGGGACCGAUUCUACAAAUAUGCUUGGUGUGGAACGAGAAGGCCUGGCAUACCUUCGUGUCAAGGCAAAAAAAACGGGGAUGUGGACUUUAUGGGGAUCAUCACUCCUGAGUGAGGCUAAGUUGGGCAUGUCAAAUGGUGAAAGUGUUGCUACAGCCUUUGAGAACAUGCUGAGGAGUUCUCAACUCAUCGUCGAUAAAAACAUGAAGACUAUGAUGGGUCCACAAUUGGCGAUGUACUCUUCCAUGUGGGCUCGGUUGGGAGUAUCACAUCUCUCGAGGCAGUACUGUCAGAUCUUUCUAAGCUGUCACGCUCGCUACACCCUUUUCGAUGACACACUGAGGUUCACUUGUCGACUUGCUCAUCUACUUACGGAAAAGGGUCAUUAUGACGAGGCUCUAGAGAAGCUCGAUAGUCUGGAUGAGAACUCAUUGCGCUCAUGGAAAGCAAAUCAGUACUGGUUGAGAUACAGAGGUGUCAUUCGCCUCAAACGGGACCUCCGUAGAGACAAUCUAGACGGAGCCAAUCAACUGUUGUCCCAGCUCCUUCAAUUCACAGGCACAGACAUGGACUCGGACCUUGCUUUUGAGAUUAAUAUUCUUCACAUUGAAUACCUCACUCGACGAACCGAUUAUGGUGCAGCAUUAGCGAAGAUAGAACAGAUGGCGUCUGUGAUGAAGCAGGACGGCGACGAUCUCAAUUUGCAGGUAAAACUGCUUACCAUGAAAGCGCUGUUACAAGACAAAUGUGGCCGUCCACAGAAAGGCUUCUCUGUAGCUGUUCGAGCAGCAAGCAUUGCAUGGCGAGCGAGACUCGUACCAGCUUUGUGGGUGGCCAUGGGAUUUAUCGCAAAUAUCCUGACUUCACUGUUCGAGUUUCAGGCUUCAGCUCAGAUACUCAUUGCUAUCAUUCCACAGGCUCUUGAGUACGAAAAUUGCUCGUUGAAUGCUCAGUUAUAUUCUUUCCUCGCGGAUGCGUGUAUGGGAAUGGCUGGACAAGCAGGGGUUGGAAGUACUAAGAGAAAGGAGAAUCUCACCAAGUGCUUGGAGUACAUCGAUCGGGCGUUCAGCGAAUACUCUUCAAUUGAAGAUAUCAAAGGGCAAUGCGAGAUGAUGGCUAAGAAAGCAACUAUUAUGAAAGUUGUUGGCGAGAAGAUUUUGGCAAAUGACUAUGCUGGCGCUUAUAUGGAUCUAAAGAAGGAGGCGGCUUUGGCACAAGCCUAACAAUGAUACCCAGUAUGAUAAUGUUAUGCAAGCAUUCUUUGAGAAACGAG